UACGGUCUCUUUUCAUUUUAAGCAGUCGGUGUGGGCUGGUUUCGCCGAUUCUCUUUUCUCCGGAACCGGCGUCACCAUGGGUUUUGGGGACCUGAAAAGCUCUGCUGGCCUGCAGGUGCUCAACGACUACCUGGCGGACAAGAGCUACAUCGAGGGGUAUGUGCCAUCACAAGCCGAUGUUGCAGUAUUUGAAGCGGUCUCCGGCCCCCCGCCAGCUGACUUGUGUCAUGCCUUACGGUGGUAUAAUCACAUCAAGUCUUACGAAAAGGAAAAGGCCAGCCUGCCAGGAGUGAAGAAAGCUUUGGGCAAGUAUGGCCCUGCUAAUGUGGAAGAUACCACAGGAAGUGGAGCUACAGACAGUAAAGAUGACGACGACAUUGAUCUCUUUGGAUCUGAUGAUGAGGAGGAAAGUGAAGAAGCAAAGAGGCUAAGAGAAGAACGUCUUGCACAGUAUGAGUCAAAGAAAGCCAAAAAACCUGCACUUGUUGCCAAGUCUUCCAUCUUACUAGACGUGAAACCUUGGGAUGAUGAGACAGACAUGGCAAAAUUAGAGGAGUGCGUCCGAAGCAUUCAAGCAGACGGUUUGGUCUGGGGCUCUUCUAAACUAGUUCCAGUAGGUUAUGGAAUUAAAAAACUUCAAAUACAAUGUGUAGUUGAAGAUGAUAAAGUUGGAACAGAUAUGCUGGAGGAGAAGAUCACUGCUUUUGAGGACUAUGUGCAGUCCAUGGAUGUGGCUGCUUUCAACAAGAUCUAAAAUCCAUCAUGGAUCAUUACACUUCAAUAAAAGCUUAAAAGAUAA